UCAUGGUAUUUUCCUUCUUUGAGGACGGUUUCUAGAGAGAGAAUUUCUCUCACAGUUGUUAUUUUAACCCUUCCAUGGCGAGUCUUUCAAAGUCAUAUAGAGAGAGAGACUAACCAUUGUUAUAUAUAUAUAUAUAUAUAUCCUCCAUUGACUCACAUUAUCUAGAUCCAAUCGGCAAACUGUUAAUUUUUCAUUUUUGAUUUAGCUGUAGCGCCGCCAUGGACGGUACGGUCGAAGCUCGAGUAAACGCCGGCCGUGGCGGCGCCGACGGAGGACCGAUUGCCGGAGUUCAGAUCCAGCAGAAUCGGAGGCUUCCUGAUUUUCUUCAGACUGUGAAUCUCAAGUAUGUGAAAUUAGGUUAUCAUUACUUGAUCUCUCAUUUAAUAACUCUAUGUUUGAUUCCGAUAAUGGCUGUGUUAUUCGUUGAGGUUUCGCAAAUGAAUCCUGACGAUAUUCGUCAGUUAUGGCUUCAAUUGAAGUAUAAUCUAGUCAGUGUUAUAGUUUGUUCUGCGAUUAUGGUAUUCGGUUCAACUGUUUAUAUCAUGACUCGGCCUCGUCCUGUUUAUCUCGUCGAUUACUCUUGUUACAGAGCUCCUGAUAAUCUCAGAGCUCCGUUUCAUCGAUUCAUGGAUCAUUCGAAACAAACUGGCGAUUUCGAUGAGUCUUCUCUCGAAUUUCAGCGCAAGAUCCUUGAACGGUCCGGAUUAGGUGACGAUACUUAUGUUCCUGAGGCGAUGCAUCAGCUUCCUCCCGCGCCGUCCAUGGCUGCUGCGCGAGAGGAAGCCGAACAGGUAAUGUUCGGUGCGUUGGAUAAUUUGUUCGGCAAUACUUCGAUUAAGCCUAAGGAUAUCGGGAUUCUUGUGGUGAAUUGUAGUUUGUUUAAUCCGACUCCUUCUUUAUCCUCCAUGAUUGUGAACAAGUAUAAAUUUAGAGGUAAUAUUAGAAGCUUUAAUCUUGGAGGGAUGGGAUGUAGUGCAGGGGUAAUCGCAGUUGACCUAGCCAAGGAUUUAUUGCAAGUUCAUAGAAACACUCAUGCUGUAGUCGUCAGUACUGAGAAUAUAACUCAGAAUUGGUACUUUGGGAAUAAGAAAUCCAUGUUGAUUCCCAACUGUUUGUUUCGAGUAGGCGGAUCUGCAGUUCUGUUAUCGAAUAAAUCCACCGAGAAACGAAGAGCAAAGUAUAAACUCGUUCAUAUAGUCAGAACUCACAAAGGAGCAGACGAUAAAGCCUUCCGCUGCGUGUAUCAAGAACAAGAUGAUGCAGGUAAGACAGGUGUAUCCUUGUCGAAAGACCUAAUGGCAAUUGCAGGUGGAGCUCUGAAAACAAACAUAACCACGCUCGGCCCUCUUGUUCUCCCCGUUAGCGAGCAAUUACUCUUCUUCUCAACCCUGGUCCUGAAAAAACUGUUCAACAAAAACGUGAAGCCUUACAUUCCUGAUUUCAAGCUGGCAUUCGAUCAUUUCUGUAUACACGCAGGUGGAAGGGCUGUUAUCGACGAGCUGGAGAAGAAUCUGCAGUUGACUGAGGUUCAUGUUGAAGCUUCUAGAAUGACGCUUCAUCGAUUUGGGAAUACUUCUUCGAGCUCAAUUUGGUAUGAGCUAGCUUAUACAGAAGCGAAAGGGAGGAUGAGGAAAGGCAAUCGUGUUUGGCAGAUCGCGUUUGGGAGUGGAUUUAAAUGUAAUAGCGCGGUUUGGCAGGCUUUAAGAAACGUGAAGCCAUCUGGAAAUGGACCUUGGGAAGAUUGUAUUGAGAAGUAUCCUGUGAAACUGGUAUUCUAGGUUUGGUCUUUGUCUGUCUGUAUGUCUGUUGAUUUUGAUUCAAAUUCAAAUGUUAUUUUUAUGUUUGUUUUAUGUUUAUGUUUAUGUUUGGAUUCUAAAACUGUCUUGGAGAGGAGUAUUAGUAAUGAUUUACACAGUUGCUGUUACUCCUCUUCUUUCAUUGUAUUAUCUUAUUUAGAUUCUUAAUGUUGAUUUAAACAGUGACCCUAUUUUUAGAAUAUGGUAUUAUUUUUAUGUUUGUGUAA